AUGAGCAUAGAGGACUCGAUACAAGCACCACUUCCCACUUUUCAUGAUGAAUCGGGUAAUGCCACUCCUCGCGAAUUCCACACCUUCCUUCAAACACUGCUGGAGAGGUUAACAUCAAAUGACCCGCCCCUCACCAGAGAGAGUUUGGACAAACAAUGGUGUUCCAUGGUCUCUGGGCUUAUUGGAAACUUUCUGUCAUCUUUUUCGCCUCUAGAUGAAAUACCUUGGAAUGCCAUGCACGAGAAGUUGAGCAUUACCCAGACGUCUUUGGAGAUCCUAGAGGUAGCAACAACACGCACUGAGCAAUUGUUCAUGCGCCCGGAAGAUUUCGCUCCUAGCGUUUUGAAUCGAUUAAUUCAACUAUGCUUGGUUCUUGAUUCUUGGAGGGGUAUCACAGUUGUGAAGGAGGAGCGAUACCUAAGCCCGACAGAAUUGCAGAGCAAGACGGUCACCACGGCCGUGGCCAUUCUACGAUCAUUGGGUGGUAUCGUUGUCAUAGAACCUACUAAUAAAAUUACAUUGCCUCACGAGAUUCUCCGCCGGAUACUCUCGGGCUGUCUGGCGAUUUCCAAUGGUGCGUUCUUCUCUUCGAUCCCCGGUUACAUUCACGUUUAUGCGAUUUGGAAAGAUCUACUAGCGCUCUCCCCUGUAGUAGCAUUCCCACUCCGCAUAAGUUUGGCAGGCAAUCCUAGGAUAUGGGAUGCUAGUCGGACCGACUGUCCUGAAGACAUCCCUUUUAUCAAAGUGGGGAAUCUGCCUGAAGUCCCGUCCCUUCUAACAUUGAUGUUAGAACUAUGCCUCCGUACUUUCCAUCCUCCGCUACUUGCACAAUGGUACCUUGAAGAUUUAAUCCGUUCUAUCUUUAUGGUAGCUGAGCGCAGCUUGGAUCACUUGCUAUCACCUUCGUGUGCUACUUCUGCUACUAUACGGGCUCGGGCUCUGGCGAGAUUGGGAGUUGCUAUUUUGUCUGCUCUUCCACUAUUGCCCAUCCGCGGUCUUCCUAUCGAGUCUAUUCGAUCACGACUUUUCACAGUUCGACUCCAAGCGGGUCCAAGUGAAGCUUGGGAAGCGUUUGAUGCAGCGUUCAAGGACGUGGUGGAGGUACCUUUUGCAAUCUCGACUUCACAACCUGACGUGACACAAAUCGGAUUGCUACUACGCGCAGAGAAAUGGGGUGACGCAGGAGAGACUCUGCGGGCUCUCAGUCAACAAUAUCUGAUCCAGAUCGUGUCUAUCCUCGAUAAACAAAGUGUCGAUUUCAUCAUAGGCGCACUUGGUGCAGACAAUAAAAAGGGAACAUAUGCGGCCCUUCUGGCGAAACUCGAUGAUCGCCAAGCAUCUUUAAAGAAGGCCGCAGAUGGUACAGACGUUUCAGCUCCUAUUGAAGGCGUACCAGGACCAGGCUGGCGGGAACUUUUCAAAUCAAAUGUCCAGGCAAUAAUUGAACCCACCCAACUGGCCUGGAUGGACGAUGAUGAUUCUCUUUCGGAUGAGCAAUUUAUUACUCGUGCUUUUCAUGAAAUGAACGACAGAUUUACUGCACCUCUGUAUAACCCUGCUGCGCAUGCCCGUGAAUCAUUAGCCCAGGAAGUGGGGAGAUUAUCUUGCGUACUAGCUCAUCCUGGUGACGAUGACUGCUCCCUUGCACUUCAUAGGCUGCCAGUCGAUACUCUUCCCGUCUUCGUACUGGUCACAAGAUUGUUACUCGAAGGCCCUGAUAACGAGGUCACUGCAAAGGUAUACAAAGCUGUCUUCCGUGCGCUAUCGCGUACCCUGCGACAUCUCAAACAUGAUGUCACAAGACUCGAUUAUAUCCGGGAUUCUAUAGGGCGGCACAUGAAGAACAAGGAUCGAAGUAUCCGUCUGAGCGCGGGAAAUUCGCUAUUAGAGUAUAUCCGCUUCGAGCAAACGGUUGGUAGUGGCGCGUGGAAACGCAUUGAACCAGUUUUUGCUAUGAUCGGGCGACUUUUCGACAUGACAGAGAAUUAUAUCAAGGAGACCACGCUCAUAACCCUCGGUCGUAUCGGACAGAUUGCACAAGGAGAAGUGUUUGCUCAAGACAUCUGCUGUUUGUUAGCUCAACUGGGACAACCAAAUCCAAUCAUCAAGGGAACGGCUCAUUUACAACUACAUGCACUGUGCAAACACCAUCGAAAGAAACCAUAUAACCUGGUAUCGCCAUAUAUGGAUCGAAUUGCCAUCUUCAUCAUCUCUCGCAUGUGCACCCAACCCAGCUUGCUCAUUGAAUCAAGUCACUUUUUCGGCUUCACUCCACAUGAUUUCAUCUCUGUCACACUCGGUGAUACUCUUCCUCAGUUGUUCUCGAGUUGUGAUGUCAGAGUCCUCGAUGCUAUAUCCAAGGAAUUAAACGAGAAGCCAUACCAGCUAUUUUUAAGUUUUACCCACCAGAUCCUCGCCCAUGUGUUCCGCUUGCAAGGUCCCGGUCAAACAAACAAGGUUUUAAGUUUCAUUCUUAAAAUGCUCAAGGAUACUGCUCAAAGUGAUAUUGAUCUCGCGAGCGUGCUCCGCACUUGUUUGGUUCCUCUCUUAGUCGAGAUCGUCAUUGUGAUGGGUCAUGAAGAUCCUGAUCAGGCUGAGUCGGCCAGAGAAGCAUUACGGAAGGUGGAACGAUCAUUGUCUUCACGGGCUACAGCGCGAACACCUACUACAAGUGGCUCACUUUUGAAAACGCACAUGCUUGGUAUUAUAUCGCAUUUGAAUGAUCAUUUGCAGGAUUUCUACGGUAAACGUUCGCUUGAAAUGAAGAAGAUGAUUGUGCGAAGCUUAGGAAUGUUUGUCGCCGAAGUCGGGCCGACGAUCAACAACGUAGCACCGCAGAUCAUGGCCACUUUACAGACAAUGCUGGUGAUCCCGCAAUUAGCUGACGUGACGUUGGAAAGCUGGUACACUUUCCUGCUCACGCUGGAUACUAGGGACCUGGGACCUCACGUCGGGCCAACGAGUGCAUCUCUUCUCACCUCCUGGUCCUCAUUUUCCGCAAUUGGUCAAGACAUAGCCAAGAAAUGUCUACGCCUCAUAGUUUCUGAGAAAGGAGAGCAGCUCGAUCACUAUCUUGACGACGUUGCAGAUAUUGCGUCGAUACCUCAAUUGCACACGAUCAACAGGAAGUUAACACUAUUACGAGACGGGUGGAGUCCACUGAAGCGGCUGCGUAUAAUCCUGGAACGUGCCGAAAGCGAGAAUUUGACAGUAGCCAUGCAAUCUAUACGGGAACUAAAAUCCUUCAUGCUCGCGGACCACGAGGAUUUUAUUAGAACACUUGCCUCUGGAGAUGUAUUCGACCCCAUGAUUGGCCACAUUUUAUCGAUAUUGACUACAGCAGCCUGCCGUAGCGGUGAAGCGGCCGAGAUGUUGCGCGUGCUCGCCAUCGAGUGUAUUGGGGUUCUAGGAGCGAUCGAUCCAGACCGAUGCGAGAUCGACGUCACCGACACCAGGAUGAUAAUGUUGAGCAAUUUUGCGGACGAAACCGAGUCUGUAUCGUUCGCUCUUCAUCUCGUUCAAGAUGUACUAGUUGGAGCAUUCCGGUCUACGAGCGAUAUCAAGUAUCAAAGACAUCUGGCUUAUGCCAUUCAAGAGCUUCUCCAAUACUGCAAGUUUACUCCUGCCCUGGUAAACCCGGAAUCCAAUACCUCCAUCGCUCUCAAGGUACGAAAUCGGUGGAACAGCCUCCCGAAACAUGUGUUGGAAACAAUCACUCCCCUUCUCUCCUCCAAGUAUUUGCUAGACUAUCGCCCGCCGGCAGAACCACCACAUCCGAUCUAUCCCUCUGCACCCACGUAUAGAGAGUGGAUCCAAGUUUGGACAGGACAUCUACUCACUAAGGCGUCUGGGGUGCGGGCAAGGGCGAUAUUCCACGUGUUUCCGUCUAUUGUCCAAAAUAAGGACGUUGGAGUUGCACAUCAUCUUCUUCCCCAUCUUGUACUGAACAUUUUAAUUUCCGGCGAAGAGGAAGAUGCGCACAAUAUUCGUAUGGAAAUCCUCGCGGUCCUAGAUGACCAAGUGCAGUCGGAUACACCUUCUGCUGCAGACAAAAAACUUCUCAGUGCACAGGCGGGUCACGAUGACAAUCAUACGGUUUUCACGCUCUUGGACCAUCUCAGCCAGUGGGUUCGCGUUGUUCGCCAACAAAUCGGUAGAAAGAAGGUAGAAAGCAGAAGAGCGCGUGUUAAUCAGUUGAAUAGCGAUGCAGAGGAACAAGUGCUCAAGAUCGACUCGAUUGUGACAAGCAUCGAUCAAGGACUAAUGGCUCGAGCCGCCUUACAAUGCAGAGCAUAUGCUCGCGCCCUCAUGAACUUCGAACGGCGAAUCCUGGCCCUGCAGGGGGAAGGGCAUGGCGAAACCUAUCAGGUUUUACAGGAAUAUUACGAACAUCUCCACGAGAUAUAUGCCCACUUAGACGAACCGGACGGAAUGGAAGGUGUUUCGACGCUAAUCUUGUCGCCCUCGUUAGAACACCAGAUACGUCAGCAUGAGAGUACGGGCAGGUGGACAUCAGCCCAAAGUUGUUGGGAAGUCAGAUUACAGCAAUCGCCCGAUAACUUGGACUUCCACCUAGGUCUACUUCGUUGUCUGAGGAAUCUAGGCCAUUACGAUACUCUACGCACUCAUGUCAAGGGCGUGCUCACCAGAAAUCCUGGAUGGGAAUCUCAACUAGUCGGGUUCCAAGUUGAGAGCGAGUGGAUGGUUGGUAAUUGGGAAGAGGUGCGCGUCUUGGUUGAGCGAACGGACUCUCUAGCUUCUCCAGUUUUGCUGGCCCAAGUUCUCUUGGCCUUGCGUGCCGGCGAUGCUUUAACUAUCUCCCAAGCUUCGUCAGUCGCUCGCGGGUUACUCGGCGCCCCCAUCAUAGCGGCCGGUGCCAACGGUUAUCGUCGUUCGUAUGAUGCCGUUCUUGACCUGCAUGUGCUCCACGAACUGGAAACCAUCCAUGCCUCCGUGCAGCAACUAUCGCGACCAGAUGUAGAUCACCAACAAGUUGUUGCUCGUUUGUCGAGGUGCCUUUCUUCUAGAUUUGAAUCAACGCUCCCUGUUUUUCGCAUUCGGGAACCCAUUCUCAGCAUGCGGAGAAUAGCCUUUGGGUUGAGCCUCGGAAAUGAUCCGACAGUCAAUGAUAUAAUUGGAAGAUCAUGGCUAGCCAGCGCAAAGAUUGCCCGGAAGGCUGGUCACUGGCAAACGGCAUAUAGUGCUAUGCUGCAAGCUCAGCAGUGCAGAGCGUCUUUCUCCUUUAUGGAAAAUGCAAGAUUGGUCAAGGCGAGCGGCGAGCCUAUUCGCGCAUUACAAGAAUUGGAGAGUAGUAUGCGACUGGCAGGGAUAUUGGAGAACCCAUCCGUCAUCGAUCUCACUGUUGACCCCGGUGAAGCGAGGGUUGCAAAUCGAGACAGUGACGAUUUGAUGCUCAAAGCAAAAGCACAAAUAUUACGAGCAAGAUGGAUGAAUGAAUCUGACCGUUAUGAUGUGUCACAAAUAGUGAAGGCAUUGUCUACUGGAGCAGAAGCGGGGCAGAAGUGGGAGAGCGGACAAUUCCACUAUGGACAAUACCAUGAUCAGUGCUUCAAGUCUCUCCCCCUUGACGAGCAGAUGACUCGGUACGGUCCUUCAGCUACCACUCAGAAUAAUACUAACUUUGAUCCUAGGGGAACGAGAAUGAAUCUCGUCACUAUUCGAUCUUAUGCCAAAGCUAUGAGAUACGGGUCAAAAUACAUCUAUCAGACCGUACCGCGUCUGCUUACCCUAUGGCUCGACAUGGGAGAGAACCAGCAAAUUUGUAGAGGCGACAUUUUCCCUAGGAUCAAUAUGGAAGUUGCGCGCGCAAUAAAGAUGGUGCCUGUAUAUAAGUGGUUCACCGCUUUCCCUCAAAUCGUGUCUCGCGUGGGCCACGACAAUGAGGAUGUUCAUGAAAUUUUGUCGAAGCUCAUAUCAAUGGUGAUCCAGGAAUAUCCCAAACAGGCCUUAUGGCUCUUUGCAUCAGUAGUUAAGUCAACCAAGAAAAAUCGAAAUUCAAGAGGAAUAGCAAUUCUAAACAAACUCAGGCAGAACAGCGAAAACCCAACCACUGUCCCUCAAUUGAUCAAUGAAUGCCAACGAAUGACUGACGAACUUUUGGGAUUGUGCGACGCACCAGUGCGAGAAGCUAAGUCAUUGAGCAUGCGCAAAGAUUUUUCUCGACUAUUCAGCCUCGCCCCAUCACAAUUGAUCAUCCCUCUGCAAGAGUCUUUAACCGCUAGUCUCCCGCCAACCUCCUCGAACGAGGCUACACAUCGGCCGUUUCCCGUUGAUGCACCCACAUUUGCGAGUUUUCAGGAUGAGAUCGAGAUCAUGCGAUCCCUUGCAAAGCCGCGGAAGAUAACGAUCAAUGGGAGCGAUGGUCAAAUCUACAUGUUCUUGGGAAAGCCGAAAGAUGAUCUUCGGAAGGAUGCUCGACUGAUGGAUUUCAACGCUAUCAUUAACAAACUCUUGAAGUCUAACUCGGAAUCCCGUCGUCGCCAGCUCCACAUCCGUACAUAUGGCGUGGUCACCUUGAAUGAGGAGUGCGGGUUCAUUCAAUGGGUUCCUAACACCAUUCCCGUCAGGCCUGUGCUCCUGAAGGCAUAUGAGAGACGCGGGAUCAGAAGCUGGUCACCCGAGAUGCAAGAGAUAUUUGAGAAGAUCAAGAAGAUGCCCAACGACAAGGAGGUUGCACAGCUAUUCUCUCAGAAUAUUUUGUGCAGUUUCCCACCUGUCUUCCAUGAAUGGUUCCUUGAGACAUUCCCCGAACCCACUGCCUGGCUCGCCAGCAGGAUGGCUUACAGUAGAACAGCUGCCGUCAUGUCGAUGGUGGGAUUCAUUUUAGGCCUCGGUGAUCGACACUGCGAGAACAUCCUGCUCGACACGAUGAACGGCGACGUGGUCCACGUUGAUUUCAACUGUCUGUUCGAGAAGGGUAAAACUCUCGAAACUCCGGAGCUGGUUCCGUUCCGGCUCACUCAGAACCUGGUAGAUGGGCUAGGAGUCAUGGGAGUAGAAGGGGUCUUCCGUGUUGCUUGUGAAGUGAGCAUGAAGCUGCUGAGAGACAAUAAGGAUACAUUGAUGAGCGUACUCGAUGCUUUUGUUCACGACCCUCUCGUUGAGUGGGAAGACGAAAAACGCAAGAAGGAGCGCAAUAGAGCUACUGUGGAUCUCAGAAGGCUUGCGAAGGACGCGUUGAAACCUAUAGAGAAGAAGCUGAAAGGAAUCUACACUACCAGCCGGGAAAGACCCGAGAAGGAAACUUCCACGAGCAGUCUCGUCCAGAUGCUGAUUCAAGAGGCUACAGACACUGCGAAUCUAGGCAGGAUGUAUCCUGGUUGGACACCAUGGCACUAG